ACUGAGUUUAACGGCGCGGGCGCAGUCCUCAUCGAGACAAUCGACUCAGACUCGAUGUAGGUAAGGUAUUACUUAGUCAUAUCGAGACACUAACCGGACAGUCUCGUUUGUGUACAGAACAAUGAUCUUGGUAAAUAGCCUUCGAAAAGUUAUAAACAAUUGCACAUCUACAAAAAUCAUUCAAAAUAAAAAUCGGACUAGUUUAUAUGGAUCCCUGAAAGUACUUCUACUUUCAACAAAGGCGUCGUCAACUUUACAGCACGAUGAAAAAGAAAAGUUUCUUGAAGUAUUCCCAGAGGUCGUUUCGUCGAUAGUGCGCCGAAAUGAAAAAUUUUCAAGUUUUCCUGGAAUAGGAAACUUUACCGAAGAGCUACUAAAAUACAACUCAGCUGGUGGCAACAAAACAAGAGGGCUCAUGGCAGUACACGCAUAUCGAAUGCUAGCAGAUGACGCAGAUAUCACCGAAGAGUCCAUGAAACAGGCUCGCAUCUUAGGCUGGUACCUGGAAUUGUGGCAGACAGCACUUAUGUUGGUGGACGACAUUAUUGACGGAUCAUCCACCAGACGCGGCUCAGUGUGCUGGUACCGACUGCCCCAUGUAGGGACGCGGGCUAUAAACGACUCUUUUAUUUUCCUCAGCCUUCUCUGUGAUAACGCUAAACACAACUUUGGCAACGAAACAUGGUACCCUCGAUUUUUGGACUAUUUCAAUGAGGCCGUGCUGCUGUAUACAUACGGUAACCAUAUGGAUUAUAUGUUACUCCGGAAACAUGAUCUCUUCACUAUGUCAAACUACAACACCAUGGCCAGCUCCAAGAUGUCAUUUUACACAUUUAAAUUGCCCAUUUACUCAGCAUUACUGUUGGCUAACAAACCUCAUGAAGAUGCUUUUAGAACUAUUGAGGAUAUCGUCGCAGAUAUGGGAACUCUUAUUAUGAUGCAGAAUGAUUUCUUGGAUUCCUUCGGUGAUGAAGCCGUUUCUGGGAAAAUAGGAUCGGACAUACAAGAGGGCAAAAUAUCGUGGUUAUCAGUAACAGCGCUGCAGCGAUGCGACGAAGCGCAACGUGAAGAAUUCAUAGCAAACUACGGCCGCGCAGAUGAUGCUUGCGUGCAGCGUAUCAAGCAGCUUUACAGAGAGCUGCAAAUCCCGCGCCUUUACCACGAAGAAGAACGCGCUUGUUACGAGAACAUCAUCGCUCGUAUACAAGCUCUACCAUUUGACAACGCGAUUCCUUCACCAGUCUUAAUAAAACUACUGGACAUGGUGUUUUACAUGCAGUCUAAACCUUGCAGAAAACUUGUGAAAAUCUCUAAAUACUUAAAUUGACUUAGAAUUUUUUAUUUAUGGACCGAUUUCAUUUCAUAUAAAGGUUGUACAUUCUUCCUUGGAUUGUGAAUUUUAUCUUAAAAUUAUUUAAAUAAAUUAAAUCUACACAUUUUAGUUUGAGUAAAGUAAGUUACUUACCUACAUUUUUUCUUAUAAAUGCUGUGAUUGAGUCGAUGUAGUAACUGACCUACAUCAACAUGCUUUAGGUGGUAAUAUUUGUAUAUGAAUGUUGACUUUAACCAAAACAAGUAGUAGGUAAGUAACAAUCAAAAAGUUUUACGAAAACUCCCGCCAGUUCACACGCGCGGGAAUUCCCAUCAUAGAGAAAAGUAAUACAUAGAUUCCCAUCGUUGUCAUUGGUAUUCAUCAUACGGAGUGUUCCUAUUCUGGUUCAUAAUUUCAUAAACCUUUUGAAGUACAUUUUUAAAAUUACAUAAUAUUUUGUUGUGAUAAAUUAUUAUUCUGAUUAGUUAGAGGAAGUACGUAAGCCUAAGCCGUGGCCUAAGGGUUUGUGAAAGUACAGUCGACAGCGCAUCAACCUAUACAUUUUUGUUGCAAAAUAGCCUGUAUUACAACGAGAUAAGACGCCACUGUGUUUAGGUUGAUGUGCUGUCGUCCGUACAAAUAUAACUCAGGCUAUAUACCACUAUAGUCUAUUUCACUUAAAGAUGAUCCGUAUGACACUUCAAGGUUAUCCAUAUUACGCAUA